CCAGGAUAGGUCAAGAAAUGAGAAAGAUGUUUGAAAAAAAAGUAGAAAAGCAUCUUUAUUUUCCUUGAUGGGUUGCCCUACAGUUAAGCUCCCUUUAGAAAGAUAGCAAGAAUUUGUUGGUUCAGGUAGCCUGCUUAAGUGUUGUUGAUUAGAUGCUUUCUUUUUAAGUUCCUUAUCCUUUCACUUGAUUAUUGAAUUGAAAAAGUCAACUUGACAAGUUGGUUUAAUCAUGAACUCGGUGAUCCAAUGACUGAUUAAUGCCAGUAACUCAGCGAGUUCUUUCCUUUUCACUAUCAUUUUCAUUAACGAAAUCUCAUUACCUCUAGUUCUCCAAUGUCUCUGUCCCCAGAAUUGGCAUUAGCAAGUAGCCAUUUGGUCGUUGCAUUGUCUUGGUACCAUUUAUCGCAGAGGCUCUAUUAAAAUGCUACUACAACUGAUCCUUCUGUUCAUGGAAACGUCCAGGAUUGAUGUGCCUUCAUUAUGUGUCUUUGUACACUUGUUGCAUACAUUUUUCUGGGCAUAUUUGUCGCCAUCCAUUCUUUAUGUCUAUUUACUGUUUUAUCUAUAUUUUGUUAGUAGUCUAUUUUUCAUCAUGGAACACUUAUCCAAUUGUAAUUUUAUGAUAAGUAGUGGAUCAAUUUUGAAUUAAUUUUAAUUAAUUUUCUAUUUAAAUUUAAAAUUUAAUUGUCAUCCAACUUCACAUUGCCAUAAAGAAAUGGUAUCCAUGUAAGGCAAACCGAGGGGGCAUGUAAAUCACAACAUUGCCACCCAUUCUCGCGCCACAGUUAUACAUAGUUGUUUGGUCCGUCGUCCUUUUUUUGGGUUUCAUCGAGCUCUCUCCAUCUUGUCCAAAAAUAGUUAAUGGUUCUCCGACCAAGAGAUAUUUCGGGGCUCCAAAUAAUCCAAUUUAGGGUUUCCAACGGCUAAAUUAAUUUCAUUCACCAUUUUCACAAUCUUUUUCCAUGUAGAACUUGGUUCCCUCGGUUCUUUCCCUCCCAAAUCCGAUUCAUUGAGUUCUUAUAGCUAUGAAGAAGGGGAUUUGUGGUGCAUGCGCCGUAGAAGAAGGGUUGGUUUCUCUCGAAAAGGGGUAUUCCAGCGAGGGGGAAUUGGCCUACCCCACCGGAACCUGGGAAUUAUGGCGGCGUGGUUCCUUGCAAGGGGGAAGGUAGAGAGGUGAUGGUCGACAACGCGAUGCCGCAUCCGGAGGAGCUGUCGUUUCGUGGUGAUGGUGAGGAUCGUGAUGGAGAACAGAUGGAGGCGGAGGUGUGGAGGCGGAUUAGAGAGGCCGGGUUUCUCGAUGAGGCUGUGUUGCAGAGGAGGGAUAGGCGAGCACUCGUUCGAAGAGUACUUGAGCUUGAGAAAGAGGUUGAAAGGCCCCAUCUUUUCUUCUCCUUAUCAUCAAUGCUUUAUCAGUACCAGUAUCAUAUGGGGCUCCUUUUGAUAGAGAAGAAGGAAUCAGCUGCUAAAUACAAAAAGCUAUGGCAAGAAAUGUCUGAGGCAGUGCAAAUCCAAAAGCACAUGCAAGCGGCACAUAAUGUUGCUGUUUCUGAAUUUGAAAAGAAAGAGGAAGAUAUGAGGAGGGCCAUGCGCUUUCAGAGGCAGUCCAUUGUUAAUCUUGAGAAGGCUUUGAAUGAGAUGCAUGCUGAAGUUGCUGAGGCUAAAUUGGAAUCUCAGAAAAAGUUGUUCGAAUUGCAUGCUCUUGAGGCCACUGUCGAAGAGAAAUACUUGGAGGCUAAAGGAAAGCUACAUUCUUUGAAUGCCAGGCUAGCAGAAGUUAGUCGGAAAAGUUCCGAGAUAGAUAGAAGAUUACAGGAUGUGGAGGCUCGUGAGUGUAAAGUUCAUAAAGAAUCCUCAUUCUUUAUCAUUGAAAAAAACACUUUUGAGAAGGAUCUUGCACAACAAAGAAAGGGUUUGCAAGCUUGGGAACAGGAGCUGCAGGAUAGUCAGAAGAAGCUUGCCAGGUGGCAUAGCUUUCUAAAUGAGAGAGAGAUGGAGGCACAUGAGAGAUGCAACACUCUUAAGAAGAAAGAACAGGAACUUGAAGAGUCAUGGAAGACCUUGGAGGUUUUCAAUGAUUCAAUUAAAUUGAAAGAAGAGGAUAUGUUCAUGAGGCUUAGAGAUUUAGAUGCGAAAGAAAAGGAAGCUGUAAUAAAGCAGGAGUUGUUAGAGAAGAAAGAGAAAGAAUUACUUGCCAUCGAAGAUCCACUGAGCAAUAGAGAAAGUGUGGACAUCCAAAAAAUCAUUGAUGACGAUGAUUCCAUCUUAGAAUCUAAAAAAGAAGAGUUUGAGCUGGAAACUGAGAUGAAUAGAAGAGCUGUUGAUGAACAACUGAAAAGGAGAAUGGAUGUGGUGGCAAAUAAGGAAAUAAUACUUGAGAAUAGAAAUAAAAAUAUUUUCAAGAGAGAACAACUUUUGGAGAGAGAAAUGAGGAACCUGAAGAACAGAGAGACAAAAGAUGACAUGAUGUUGAAUGAUUUGAAAGAAUCAAUUGAAAAUGAAAACGAACUGAGACAGGAAAGGAGCAAACUUGAGAAGGAGCGGGAAUUGUUCGGUGAGAGAAGAUUGCCACUAGUAGAAGAUUUAGACCAGCUCUAUGAUGAAAGAGAAGGGUUUGGUCAAUGGAAACACACUGAAGAGGAGAGAUUGAGAAUGGAGAAUUUGGAAGUGCUUGGUCAUGUCCAAAUGGAUCUAGUAGAUUCUAGAUUGAAUGAAGAGGCUUUCAAGGAUAAAACAGCCUAUCAGAAUAAGGACGAUAUUGAACUGUUUAUUGGUGAAAAUGCUCAUAUUGCUCAUGAAGUUGAUGUCUACACUAUGGAGAGGAACCAAGAGAAGGUUAAGGAAACUCUGCAUGAAAAGGAGAAUGAUCCUAACAGGAGAAGCAACAUUGUACUAAACAAUUGCAACACUUGGAGCAGUCCAGAUGAGUCAAAGAUUCUAAAGUUGAAAGAGCCAGAAGAUCUGUUACAAGGUGAAAAAAAGUUCUUUCUUGGAAAGAAAAAUGAAGCUGGUCAAAUUACACCAAGAAUAAGCCAGGACAAUAAUGAUCAAGUAGAAGAACCUGCCACAAAAGGUGACUAUUUGCUUCCACCAGAUGAGCAGCUUAAGGCUUGCAGAAAUUGUGGAGUCGAGGAUGGAGGGGAGUCAAUAUUGUCUCGUGAGAAUGCUGAAGAAUCUGACCUGGAAGCACACACAUCGCGUAUGCAAAGAUGUUCAAGAUUAUUGAACUUUUCUCCUGAUAGAAUAACCACAGAACGUAGUGACAAGUCUGUUUGUCUUCAUGGAGAACCUUUAGGGCAUGAAGACAACCUUGAACCUGGGCCAUUGCCCGGAGAUGUUGAUGUUUUCCAGUGGGCUCAGUCUACUAGUGGAGUCCAGUACAGUGCAAUACCAGAAAGAUUAAACAAAGAUAGUGAUGCCACAAAAUCUUUCCUUGAAAUUGCAGAUAGUUCUGCAGAUAUUAUGAAGUUAUAUGAUAACCAAAAGUAUAUGGAAAAAAAGCCUCCUUUUCCCUUUGCUGAUGAACAAAAGGACAGGGAGGGAUGUUCUGUCUUUCCUGAAUUGGAUUCUGUGCCUCAGCCUUCGAGACAGAAACAGUGUGAUCCUGAUGUGAGGAGGUCUGUAUUUGCUGAAAAUUCAUGUUCUGUUAAUGCACUUAUUGAUGAUGCCAACCUUGGUGAGACUCCUCAAAGUAAACGCAAUGAAAAGUCCAUUUACAAAGAAAAAGGUCUUUUCGAAGAUGAUUCUCUUGAAGAAGGUUCUUUCAGUGAUGAUCAAGUAGAAUUAAGUGAUGAGGAGUGGUACCUUUCUGAUGAACAUGAAACGACGAGUAUCGAGCUGGAAGAAGAAUCUGCUGAAGCUCAUUCUGAGGAUGUAUCAUCACUAGGAUGUUGCAGUAAAAUGGAAAAUUCCCCCGAGACAGAUAUCCCAGGACUAAAGCGCUAUAAUUUUAGACUCACCACAAUUGCGCGUGCAGUUGCAUGUCGGACUAAACGAAAGAAGAGAGAAGAGCUUGAGGUGACGCUUGAAUGCAAGGUACUGAAGGUUUUUGAGCAUGAUGGUGAAGAAGCUCAAAGUCAUGCAUGUGAUAGCGAGAGCCUCUCUCAGAAGUGAAACAAAAUUUCUCUGCCAAAACCUGUCAAAGGUAAUGUAUGUGAAGAUAACUCAGUAUGGAGAAAGAAGAUUACUUUAAUGAAAUUUGCAGACUAGAGUCAGAAGGCCAAUGAGGACAAAGCCGAAUGCACAUCGUGAAGUUGUGAAGAAUGCAUCACCCAGAAGAUGAUGCUUCAUACAAGAAGACGAUAGUUAUCUACAUGCAAAGUGACCAGAAACCUAAAGCUUCCUCGGUUAUCCCGGAAUUAUCUAUGCUGUCUGAGAAAACCAACAUAUCUCUGUACCUUUUUCUUCAAGUUGAUUAUUCUUUUAUUUAAUUCCUUUACAUCUCAUCACUAUUGAGAUGUCCACUGUAUAGGUUUGUGCAGUUGUGCAAUUCUUGUUGUCUCUAUUUCAGCUUGCAAAGUGUAAGAUGAAUAAUACUACAGAUGGCCUUCUGAUUGCUCUAAAGUAAAAUAUGCAUUCUCUGUCUA